AUGGCUUGUACUAUUGGUGUCAUUGUUCAGAUAUCGAAAUGCAUAACGAAGCUGAUUCGGCCACCAAUAGUCAGUCACAGUUACUUCGAUCGUAACGAUAGUCUCUACUAUCCGGCUGUCACUUUAUGUCGGGAUCCUCCAUACAAAAUGGAUGUGAUGGAGAAAUAUGGAUUGGGACCUACGGCAACCAUGACAUCAGAAUGGAAAAACUUUCCAUUCGAUUCUGCAAAUUUGAGUACAUUUUGGACGGAAGCUACAUAUGAUGUUUCUGAUUAUUUUACUCCUACAAUUGGUGGAUUUAAUGGUUCUGUUGAUAAUAUGGAAUUCAAAUCAGGUAUGUUUCUCCAGAACGGCCAAUGUCAUACAAUUAUUCCCAAGAUGCCAGUUCUAGAAACUGGUCGUUUCUCAGGAUACUCGUUUAUUUUAAAACAUGAUAUGAGACAUCUGUCAGAAACUCCAAGCAGAUUGCCACCAGGUUGGCAUGUUCAUAUACAUGAACCGAGUGAUCCAUUUUCAGAAUCAUGA